GGGGUUCCCCGUUUUUGCGGGUUUCCAUCCACUGGCUUCCCUUUGGCCAUGGCUCGCCGCCGGGCCAAAGUCCUCGCCGCCCUGGCGGCGCUCUUCGCGGCGUGGGCGUCGGGGCGAAGCUUUGCGGCGCCGGCGCCGGACUUCCAGGAAAUGCCCGGGCCGGGCAUCCUCUACGAGGUCGUCGGCGAGUACAAGCUCCCGAAGCCGGUGGUGUUGUCCCCCCACAAGGUGCCACGUUUGCAGGCGGACCUGGGCGUGAACGUCACUGAGGUGGGGGAGGAUGCCUACAUGGUGAUGCCCCAGCAGGGUUCCAAUUUGCGGCCCUUCGGAGAAGUGGAGGAGAUGUACUUGCGAGACCUGCGGGGCAACACCAUCAGCCCGGAGAAGAAUCCGGGGAUCCGAGUCGAGCCCAACUUCGUGUCGGAGGAGGAGGAGACUGAGAUCAUGGACGAGCUGCAAGAGCUCGCAGCCAGGUAUGGCUACAACUUCGCAGCAGACGAGGCCGCAAGCUCCUGGCGGAUGACGGGCCGCGACGAGGGCACCAACUCCGCCACUCUGGCUCCCUGGGGCUGGGGUCAAAACUUUUCGCGGUCCGAGCUGCCGGAAGGACUGCUGCGCGUGGUGGCGAAGUUGGAGGCCUCGAGCUAUCCCCUGGGCCCGCUGCGCGAUGUCACCGUGAACAUCCGCAGCUCUGAGGAUUAUCAGAUGGUGCCACAUAUCGAUCCCCUGCCGGACGGGCCGAACAGCUUCGUGAUGUCGCUCUGGAGCAGUGCCGUGGUGACCUUCUCCCCCGUGGCGAGCUUGCGCCGGGAGGUGGAACGCGCCAACGACGACGGGUUUUAUGCCCAGCACUCCUAUACGGAUGACGACAUUGACUGCCUGGUGCCUCGCAGGGCCAUCUAUCAGUUCUCCGGGAACGCGCGGUAUCUUUGGACCCACGCGGUUCGCCCGUCUCUGCCCUCUGGCGACGGAACCUUCGAGCGCUGGGGUACCUGGGAUAAGGUGUUGAGGAGACAGAAAGAUCGAGCAGCCAUUAUCUUCGCCUUUGCGGACCCGCUCGAACUCUAGCUUAGCAGCUUUUGUGGCGAUUGCCAGCGUUGGCAAGGA